CCCCGCCCCGCGCGGGCCCCGCGCAUGCGCCACGCGGGGGGGAAGAUGGCGGCGUCCUCGCUGGAGCAGAAGCUGUCGCGGCUGGAGGCGAAGCUGAAGCAGGAGAACCGCGAGGCGCGGCGGAGAAUCGACCUCAACCUCGACAUCGGCCCCGCCCGCGCCCGCCCCAUCAUCGUCAUCACCCUUAGCCCCGCCCCCGCUCCGUCCCAGCGAGCAGCCCUACAGCUGCCCCUGGUGAGCGAGGGGGGCCGGGGGGGGACCCCCGAGAGCCCCCAGCCCGCGCCGCCCCCCCGGCCCCGGCAGAUGCUGGGGCUGCCCCCGCCCCCCUACCUGGUGCCGCGCAGCCUGGAGAGCAUCGAGAUUGACCAGAAGCUGCAGGAGAUCAUGAAACAGACAGGAUACCUGACAGUGGGGGGACAGCGGUACCAGGCAGAGAUCAACGACCUGGAGAACCUGGGCGAGAUCGGCAGCGGCACCUGCGGGCAGGUGUGGAAGAUGCGCUUCCGCAAGACCGGCCACGUCAUCGCCGUCAAGCAAAUGCGGCGCUCGGGGAACCGCGAGGAGAACAAGCGGAUCCUGAUGGACCUGGACGUGGUGCUCAAGAGCCACGACUGCCCCUACAUCGUGCAGUGCUUCGGCACCUUCAUCACCAACACCGACGUGUUCAUCGCCAUGGAGCUCAUGGGCACCUGCGCCGAGAAGCUGAAGAAGCGAAUCCAGGGCCCCAUCCCCGAGCGCAUCCUGGGCAAGAUGACGGUGGCAAUCGUGAAGGCACUGCUGUACCUGAAGGAGAAGCACGGGGUGAUCCACAGGGAUGUCAAACCCUCCAACAUCCUGCUGGACGAGCGGGGCCAGGUCAAGCUCUGCGACUUCGGCAUCAGCGGCCGCCUGGUGGACUCCAAGGCCAAGACCCGGAGCGCCGGGUGUGCAGCCUACAUGGCGCCCGAGCGCAUCGACCCCCCCGACCCCACCAAGCCCGACUACGACAUCCGCGCCGACGUCUGGAGCCUCGGCAUCUCCCUGGUGGAGCUGGCCACGGGGCAGUUCCCGUACCAGAACUGCAAGACGGAUUUCGAGGUGCUGACCAAGGUGCUGCAGGAGGACCCGCCCCUGCUGCCCCCGGCCAUGGGCUUCUCCGGGGACUUCCAGGCCUUCGUCCGAGACUGCCUCACCAAGGACCACAGGAAGAGACCAAAGUACAACAAGUUACUGGAGCACACCUUCAUCAAGCGCUACGAGACGCUCGAGGUGGACGUGGCCACCUGGUUCAAGGACGUGAUGGCCCGGACAGAGUCCCCACGCCCGGGGGGUGGCCUGGGCCACCACCUGCCCUUCUUCACCAGGUAGCGCCCACCCGGCGCUGCCACGCCCGGCAGGGGACACCGGGGACAGGGACAGCGGGGACAGCCCUGGGACACUGCCUGGUGCCACCACGCCCGGCAGGGGACACCGGGGACAGCCGGGCCACCUCCGGGGACAACCAGGACAGCCCCGGGACAGCACCCGGCACAGGGACAGCCGGGCCACCUCUGGGGACAGGGACACUGGGGACAGCUGGGACAGCCCUAGGACAGGGCCUGUGACACCCACCGGAGGAGAUGACACCUGUGCCACCCCCUUCUUGUCAUCCCCCUGUGCCACCCGGUGUGACAGUGACACUACCACGGCCACCACAGCCCUGGCCCAGCCUGGAGUGUCCCCAGCGUGUCCCAGUGUGUUCCUGCCAUGGCGGCUGUCCCCUCCUGCUGUCCCCACCUUCCCGAGGCCAGGGGCACCCCUGUCCCCUCUGUGUCCCCCUGGCUGUGCCUCAGUUUCCCACAAGGUCCCGUGUGGGGACAGGGCUGGGGACAGGACAGGGAGGUGGCACCGAGGGUGUGACGCUCUGGGAUGUGGCCCAGGGACACAGAUGUGGCUGGGGGAUAUGACACGGGUGUGACGCCGGGGCCUGGGGAUGUGGCACUUGGCCCUGAGGGGACACAGAGGUGACACCAGGACAUGGGGACGUGACACGGAGAUGGCACUCGGGGACACGGAGAUGGCGCAGUAACGUGGCAGGGGGACCGCGUGGAGAACCAGCACGGGGAUGGGACAGCGAGGGACAGCAGGAGGACACGGAAGGAUGGCACAGAAAUGGCACCGGGACGUGACACGGGGAUGGCACCGGGAUGUGACACGGGGAUGGCACCAGCAUGUGACACAGGGACACAGGACAGAGAUGGCACCGGGAUGUGGCACAGGACAGAGAUGGCACCAGGAAGUGACACGGGACACAGAGAUGGCACCGAGAAGUGACACAGGACAGAGAUGGCACCAGGAAGUGACACGGGACACAGGGAUGGCAUCAGGAAGUGACACGGGACACAGAGAUGGCAUCAGGAAGUGACACAGGACAGAGAUGGCACCAGGAAGUGACACGGAACACAGAGAUGGCACCGGGAAGUGACACGGGACACAGAGAUGGCACCAGGAAGUGACACGGGACACAGAGAUGGCACCGGGAAGUGACACAGGACAGAGAUGGCACCAGGAAGUGACACAGGACAGAGAUGGCACCGGGAUGUGACAUGGGACAGAGAUGGCGCCGGGAUGUGGCACAGGAUGGCGUUGGGAAGUGACGCAGGGACACAACAGAGGUGGUGCCGGGAUGGCACCAAGAAGUGGCACAGGACAGAGAUGUCCCCAGGCUGUGACAAUGGGGACACGGCGCUGGAGGACAUGGAGUGGUGGCCUGGGGACACGGACACGUCACGGAUGUGACAUCGCAGGGCCCAGUCCCGGGGAUGUGACGCUGGGAUGUGACACCGGAAUGUGACCCCAAGGAUGUGACACCAGGGAUGUGACAUCGGGAUGUGACACCGGAAUGUGACACCAAGGAUGUGACACCAGGGAUGUGACACCAGGGAUGUAACACCAAGGAUGUGACACCAGGGAUGUGACACCGGGAUGUGACACCAGGAUGUGACCCCAGGAUGUGACCCCAGGAUGUGACACCAAGGAUGUGACACCAGGGAUGUGACACUGGGAUGUGACACCUGGGAUGUGACACCAGAGUAUGACACUGCGAUGUGACACCAAGGAUGUGACACUGGGAUGUGACAAUAGGAUGUGACACCGUGAUGUGACACCAAGGAUGUGACACCAGGGAUGUGACACCAGGAUGUGACACCAGGAUGUGACACCAAGGAUGUGACAUCGGGAUGUGACACCGGGAUGUGACACUGCAAUGUGACACCGGGAUGUGACCCCAAGGAUGUGACCCCAAGGAUGUGACAUCGGGAUGUGACACCAGGAUGUGACACCAGGGAUGUGACACCAAGGAUGUGACACUGGGAUGUGACAAUAGGAUGUGGCACCAGGAUGUGACACCAGGGACACAGCCCGGGGAUGUGACACCACAAUGUGGCCCUGGGCUGUGACAGCGGGGACACGGCCCAGGGUGGCCCCGGGUGGCACGGUGACAAUCAGGGCUGGGCCGUGUCCCUGCCGUGUCCCCACUGUCCCCAAGGCCAGCAGGUGCAGUUUUAGUGCAUUGGGGGCGCGGGCGGCGCCGCCCCCCGUCCCCCUCAUUAAUUAUUAUUAUUAAUUAUUAUUAAUUAUUAUUAUUAUUAUAAAUGCGCAUGUGGAACCCGA